CUCACCCCACCCUAUCAGAUGUGUAGUUUUCUCUCCGGACCACCGUUGAGACCACCGGGCCUUCACUCGAAUCAGUCGGUUUCCGAUUUCGCCCCACUAACGAGGAGAUCAUCGUACACUAUCUCUGUCGUAAGUCUCAAUCAACAAUAAAGUUCGUUGGUGUCGCUCCUCCACCAUCAAUUGUCAUCGAUGUUGAUCAAUCUCUACAAACAUGAUCCAUACAGGGGCCAAAGAUGAAACACCGGAGGGCAGGACUAUUUUGGCAUUUAAGUUGUUGUGAAAUCCAACAACCUCAUGCGGCCCUUCAAACCAGAUUCCCCGUACCGCGAGCAGUUAAAAGCCCGAGUCCGUGGGCGAUACAGGAGACGUUAGUUGUAAGGAGUCAAGCUUUUCAGCUGACAACCAAAGAGGCUCGUGCAGCACCUAAUGUGGUUACGGGGACGUUCCUAGUGAACAUAAUUCCAACCUUGGUCCUUUUUUAUUUGGGCACCACCCGAUCAUUUGUAUCUCUUGCUCUCAACAAGGGGUUUGGUGACGGUCAUGGAGAGUUUGAUUACCCAUUUGAAGUGGAGAUCACUAACUACCGUCCAGUACGUGUAUCGAGUAUUCAUCGGGUUGUGUGUUAGAGUUAUUUCAUGUGUGAUAUUUUUUUUUGAUUUGGUUCCUAUACCUAUGCGUGAGAGCAAGGUUAUCAUCGGUAUGAAUUGUUUGAGCCCCAAUGGGGCGAUGAUUAACUGCGGGCACCAGUUAGUUCGGGUUUGAACCCCAAGUGGGGGAGAACUAGUUAUUCCUAGCGAGGGUGCUUAGUGUGGGACCCGCUCUCUGUUCAACCACGAGAGAUAGGAGGUAUCUUUAGUAGGGUUGUUUGAGCUUCGUGGCUUACGUAUUGGAUAGCAGAGAGGAGGGAAAGAGGAAGGUAGAUGAUGUACAGAUCGUUCGAGAGUAUCCCGAUCUGGUCCGGGAGGAAUUCCCUGGAGUGCCUCUGGAGAGACAGGUUGAGUUCCAUAUUCAUCUAGUUCCAGGUGCGACUCUUAACAUGUAUUUCAGGCAAUAUUAAAUAUUUCACACAUAAACAUAUAUUUAAUACUUGUAUUAAAAUACGGUUCAUGAAAGAGACUAUGCACUCACUUGUUAAAGUGAUGACUCGUAAAUAUCUUGCAAAAAAUCCCAUUGCAUUCAAUGAAUCUUUAA